AUGGCUACCGUAGAUGCUAAUAUGGUGGAAGCACUCAGGAACGCAGUACGCGAUUGCGGUGAGAGAGGUCUGAGAGCUGCUUCGAAAUGGGCGGCAGAACAACUUCUGUCUAUCCCAAAGCCAAAACGCCAGCCGUCGGCUAUAACGCUGCCAAGCGCUGUGCAGACGUCAACUUCCGCUCCCGCACCCUCUAGCACCACGCAGCCUCGCCAUCCUCACGCACCUCACCUGUACUCCUUGCCUGAGGAUGUCCGGCGGAAAGAGUUACAGUGGGAGGCGGAAGACGCCGAUUACAUCGCUGCGGCGCGCACCUUUUUUGAUUGCAAUGAUUAUGCGCGGGCUGCCAGCGAGAAGCAAGCGUUGCGAGAGUGGUAUAAACUCGACAUCCCCGUUAAUACCUCGCUGCGAGACCUAAUGCUCCAGGUGGAGAAUGCGACGGACCCGUUUCUUCUAUUCCUGAAAGCGUUGUUCCUGCAGCGAUUACACCAACGCGACCGGGCGAUCGAGAGCGCGCUUCUGUCGAUAGCAGGGUACCCGUGGAACUGGUCUGCAUGGAUGGUCCUGGGUGAAUGUCUGAACGAUGGAGAAGAGACACUCAAUACCUUGCAUAGUCCCACGGAGAAUGAACUAGGCCUUUGCGAUCGACUGCUCAGCGAAGAACUAUUCCCUCAAAGUUCUUGGAUCAUGGCUCUUCGCGCUAGUGUGUUGUACCAUAUGCACGAUUUUAAAGAGGCCGCUAUGCAAUUCACGAAGAUCCUCACGAUUGAUCCGUAUAGAAUCGAUGAUAUUGAUAUUUAUUCCAACAUAUUAUACGUGACUGAGGACCAUUUGACACUAACGAAGAUUGCGCAUGAGUUCACAAUGAUCGAUAAGGACCGACCAGAGGUUUGCUGUCUCAUUGGGAAUUAUUAUUCAUUACGGAGCGAACAUGCGAAAGCAAUCAAGUACUUCAGACGUGCAACCCAAUUGGACCGGACUUAUUUGUCAGCUUGGACGCUGAUGGGUCAUGAGUACGUAGAGAUGAAGAACUCUCAUGCAGCAAUCGAAGCGUAUCGAAAAGCUGUCGACGUAAACCGUAAGGAUUACAGAGCAUGGUACGGUCUCGGUCAGGCCUAUGAGCUCUUGAGUAUGCAUCAAUAUGCCCUGCACUACUAUCAACACGCGACGGCAUUACGCCCCUAUGAUGUCCGCAUAUGGCAGGCACAGGGCAUUUGCUACGAAGAAAUGGCUCGGCCACGGGAAGCUAUCCAAUGCCUCAAGCGCGCCCUGAUUGGUGCGGACCCUUUGGAAACGAUUAUCCAUCUAAAGCUAGCCAAACUAUACAAUGACCUGGACGAGUUUGCCGAGGCUGCUGCCUAUCAUAGGCAUGUUGUAGAAGUUUGCCGCGCUGCGAACAAACCAGUGGCUGAAUUCGCCAAGUCCGGCGUCUAUGUCGCGCGCUACCACGUCCUGCACGGCGGCAAUGACAUUGGCUUGGCAAAAGAGUACCUCGAGAUCGUCGCUUCCAGUAACGCGGAGGAGCCCUUUUCGCAGUCGGACAGUAAACCUCGCAUCUCCGUCCCUCUCGAUGCCAGCGGUUCCACGUAUGGCUCGCCUGCACCCGAGCCUCUGACGCCGGCUGUGGCCUCGACGUCGACUUUCGAUGUGGACCUGAUAACUGUCGAUGGCGAGCCUGAUGAUGGCCGACCUGCGACAGGGUCAAGCGCGAGAGUGAAGCUUGAGCCUGAUGUGGAGGCUAUCAGCAGACAGUCUUACGAUACAUACGCACGUAAUGACAAGGGGACGUUGGUUUGCUCGUGCAGAGUUGCAUCCAGCCUGGCUGCAGACCAAAUGGCUGUGCUAUAUCCCGACGUUGAUGCCCCAUUCAGCGAUGCUGCUGAUGCUGUGAGACGACUGCUACCCUACCACGUCUUUCAUCAUCCAAAGGAGGAUUUAGAAGCUUUCAUGAAACGGCCUAUAUUCACCCCUCAGAAGGGGAAACGUAAGGCAACGGAAGAGGACUUGUUGAGGGAAGAGAUAGCAGAAACCAAGUUCGCGCUGGACUGUUGGCGACGACGAAAGGCACUAGAAAGACGAUUUAAACGCGCAUGUAUCAGAUCUGGAACGCGGGCUUCCCCCGAUGAUCAAGCACACUUCCUAGCGCAAGCUAUAUUAGAAACCGAGCGCGAGGAGACGAUAAACGUCAAUGCCGAGUUGCGUCAGGCUCGGGCCCAGCUGGAAAAGCUGCAGCGCGAGAAACGGGCGGCGGAGGCACCUGUGCCUCAACCACGGCCACCGGCUUCUUAUUAUGCUGCGCCGUCAACACCGACCUCGGCGUAUGCCUCGCAGUAUCGCGGGUAUGCAUAUCCAUAUGCACAUGCGUAUGGAGCUGGGCAAUACACUUUAAGUCCGGCCUUCCCGACUACGCACGCAGCAUAUACAAGUACUCCUUCCAGCACUGGCGCAUAUACUGGCAUGUCGCCCUACCCUUCUACUCCGACACCGACUGCCUCAUAUGCUGCGUCUUCCACGACGUAUCAAACGGCCACGCCUGUUGCCACAUCGAACGCACCGGCGGCCACCGCCGUUACUCCUGCCCAGCACACGCCAAGUAGACCCCCCACCUCAGCCAUCCCAGUGCAGUUGCCAGUGACUUCGCUCCCCGCACUGACUGCGAUAGGUUUGCAGCCGGUACCUGUGUCGUCCUUACCUGCUGAAGGGCAGCAACGGCCAGCUGCGGUACUGAAGUCGCAAACGGGUGCCACAAUGAACUUGGAGAUCAACGUCGGGUCGCUGCAACCCGCACAAAUGAGCGGACUCGCGCUCAUACUGAACGCGCUGACGUCAAGAGGUGUGAAUGUAGAUGGGACUACCACAGCCGCACCAAUUGGUGGCACCGGUGGGAGUGGGACGCCCUCGACAAGCGCACCAGCCUCGACAGUCUCGUCAGGGACGAGAUGA